AUGGGAGACGUGGACGAGCGCAGUGUCUCAUUCCGCCUGGAUUCUGGAGUCAACGAAACCGCAGAUUCCUUCCGUUUCUCCGUUGAAGACAAAGGAGGGAACCACCUUAGUGCGCAGGAGUUCGAGCUGAACUGGUCCUGGAUUAGCCUGGAGAAGGAGCUGUACGAGGCGAGCGAGACGGACAAGGUCGUACUCGUCCACCUUCGGCGUCGUGGGUUCCUGGGCGAGACCUCCUUUGUCACCAUGGACCUCCAGAACGGCACGGCGCUGGCAGAGGAGGACCUCCACCCAUCCUACGCCCGCCAGGUCCAGUUCAACCCCGGCCAGAAGGAGGCUCUGUGGCGUCUCAGGCUCCAGGACGACGGCGUCUACGAAGGCCCCGAGAGCCUUGGCUUGAGACUCGCCCUUCCGGUUAUGGCAGCCGUGGAGGACCCGGUCGAGGCUCGUAUCGUUAUCAGCGACGAGGAAGAUGUGAGCCGUGUAUCGUUCGGAGUUGCUUCCUUGGCCGUGGAGGAGGACGUCGGGGAAUUGAAGGUCGACCUCGUACGUAGUGGCGAUCUCUCGAGGGAGUUGACUGUGGCUUGUGUGACAGUUUCUCCCUCAAGUGAGGACAGUGCCACAGGAACAGUGCCAACCUCAGUCCUCUCGUAUUCUGACUAUAUCACCCGGGCUGACGACCCGACUUCCAUCGUCACGUUCGGCCGAGGUGAGAGUCACGCAGUCUGUCCCGUAAUCGUGAUUGAUGACUCGCUGCAAGAAACCGCUGAGUCAUUCUCUUUGGUCCUGCGGUCUCCUAUGGGCGGGAACCUCGGUGACGUCACCAAUCUCACCGUCACCAUUAUGCCCGAUGCUAGUGAUGAACCGCUCAUAUUCUUCGGGGAUUCGACAUACAGCGUCGACGAGUCAGCCGGGUCAUUAGAGGUCACAGUCUGGCGCACUGGCACUGACCUCUCUCGCGUGGCAUCGGUCCAGGUGGCAUCCAAGGCACUCCAGCCAACGGAGGCACAAGCCGGGUACGACUACGUGGCGGUGGGUCGUCAGGUGGACUUCCCCCCCGGGGCGACGGUGCAGACGGUACGACUCGCCAUCCUGGACGACCUCGGGGCCCCGACGCUGGAGGGACCCGAGAGGCUGCAGCUCGUCCUUCGCGUCCCCGUCAGCGCCUCCCUCGGGAAUCCCGCGGUCGCGAACGUCACCAUUGAUGACUCGCGGUCGGAUCUGCCCAGGUUCGAGUUCAGUGCCAGCCUUUACUCAGGCUACGAGAGUGACGGCGAAGUUACAGCUUGGAUAUCGCGCUCCGGGGACCUCGCUCACCACGCCUCCGUCAGAUGUUUCACGAGACAGGACACGGCAGAAGUUGGUCUGGAUUUCGACGAGAGACCUGAUACCAACGCCUCUUUUGUUCAUUUUCAACCUGGUGAGGUGGAACGUCCCUGCAAAGUCAUCUUAGUGAACGACCACAUGCACGAGGACGACGAGACCCUCCUGCUACGCCUGGGGGCUCCUGCGUCGCCUUCUGCCGGAGGGGCUCUGCUAGGGGCGCGAAACACCUCCUCCGUCACCAUCAAGGACAAAGCCGACCGCUCGACCAUCUACCUGGAGGAGACGCGAGUGAGUGUCGAGGAGCCCCCAGCAGCAGGUGAACAAAGGACGGUGCGUCUGGGCGUGGCGAGGGGAGGCGACACCUCCUCCACCGUCGCCGUCAGAGUACACACUAAGGACGGGUCAGCGGUUUCAGGAACGGACUACUUUGGCUUCAGUAAAGAGCUGGUGUUCGCCCCCAACGCGUCCCGUCAGGAGGUGGAGCUGGUGGUCCUCGGCGACGGGGUCAAGGAGCACCGCGAGGCCUUCACGGUCCUCCUCAAGGCCGACCUCGACUCCGCGUCCAAGGUGGAGGUCGUUACUUCAAAGGCCAUUGUUUAUAUUGAAGCGUGUGACAGCAAGCACCCAGAAUUCGAGGAGACGGCGCCCUUAUGCGCUCGCCAGGGAAUCAACCAGACCCUCUCCUCCUUCAGGUGGCGAGUGGCCGCUCCUUCAGGGUACGAUGGCGUUAGCAAGGAUCUGAAGGACGUCUCUUCCGAUACGUUUUUCACCAGCACUCGCAGCAUAACGUUAGACAGCGUGUAUUUCGCCACGGGAAGCCGCGUGCAGUGCGUAGCCCGCGCGUACUCCGUGGACGGCGACGCAGGCUUGGCACUGGCCUCGGCGCCCGUCAGCAUAGCGCGGGAGGGGGGGCUGUGUCCUCCGAGGUACCAGGGGACGUUCGGCGCCGAUCCCUUCACGGCAAAGCUGCACUACACAGGACCUGAUGACGAGGACCUCCCCAACCUGGUCCGCGUCGAGGUGGUGAUUCCGCACAGGGACGGCAUGAUCCCCGUCCUCUCGACCCGCGCCCUCACCAACUUCGAACUCACGCUCUCUAGGGACGGCAUCAGGAUAGGGAACCACCGUUGCUCGAAUCUGCUGGAUUUCCAUGAGGUGCGGACUGAACACGGAUUUUUGACGAACGAGACUCGAAGUUCCCGCUUGGUGGAUGAAGUUGAACCUUAUCAAUAUUCCUCUGAUCUCCGAAGUCCUGCAGCUUUGAGAUUCUACCGCGCCUUGGACCUGGAAUCCUGCCUAUGGCGUUGGGUCGGUUACUUCACCAUGUCCGAACUAGUUACGCAGUGUGGAGGCGUCACCACGACCGACGGGCAGGUUCUUGACGUCGUGCAGAGCUACGUCAGCAUCAACGUUCCUCUCUACGUCUCCUACAUCUUCCACUCUCCCGUGGCUACCGGAGGCUGGCAGCACACCGAUCUCACGACGCAUCUCAGGCUGAGCUUCGUCUACGACACCUCUAUUCUAUGGCAUCAGGGGAUAGGAGCCCCCGCCACCAGUGAGCUCGACGGACACCUGUAUCCUACGGCCAUGAGGAUACGGGAGGAUGGGCGUCUCGUGGUAUCCUUCCGCACCGAAGCGAGAUUCCGCGGAAUUUUCGUGGAGACGCACCAAGCCGUGACCCAGCGGAGUUCCGUGACCUCUGAGGAACACCCUGACCUGACCUUCACCCUCGAGCUGCUGAGGUCACAGCCGACCUACGCACAGCCGGAACAGCAGUGGCAGUUUGUGUCUGAUUUCGCAGUACGCGACUACAGUGGCCGCUACAAGGUCCUCCUCCUUCCCUGCACAGUGACGGAGGACGUGGCUUACUCGCUGCCUCUUCUGUGUAACCCGCGGGAGGCUGUUGAGUUCGAUCUGCAGGUCCGUUUCCAACAGGUAUCCGAUCCAGUACCCGAAGAAUUCACACUUAGCACUAUCUUCCACCUGAUGCGCAGGAGGGAGCUCUGGCUGUCGGACCUCACGACUGACUUCGAUACUGAAUCUGACGUCUCUUUUUAUCCUGGUUCGUUUUCUUUUUUGUGUGUUGAUGUCAGGGAAGGAAGGAUUAUUAUUUUUUUUUUGUAUUUUGAUUUUACUUGUUGAAAUCUGUUUUAUUUUUUAUUUUUUUUAUUUAUCUUUUUAUUUUUUUUAUGAGUUGUAUGUAUUUUUUUCUGUAGAUUUUUAAAAUUAUUCUUCUGUUUGUUUUUCGUAUUUAGUUUUUUUCUGUAGAUAAAAAAAACAAAACAUAUUUCUCUUUGUUGUUACUGAUUGUUACUGUGUUGAUUUUAGUGCAAUAGAGUCAUCAGCUGUAUU